UGUAAAUGUCAUGAAAUAUAUUCCGAGUUUACUCCAGGCAGAAACAUAUUUACAUAAAUAUUUACAUAAUGAAGACGAAAUUGACCAACUAUUUUAUUGGAACGAUUUGUGUCCUAGUACUGGCUCUCGUUUGCUGGAUAUUUUCAGGAAAUGCUGUAGUUGCAAAAAGGCAAGGGAUCCAAUUCCAUGGAAAAUGUACACCUGGUGAUCACUGUGCUUGGAAAAAUACUGCCUGCAUUGACUCCACGUGUCGAUGUCAGUCUGGCUACGAGCACCUCAAACAUAAUGACAUUCAUUUCUGUGAAGAACCUAUUCAGCUCCGAAAUAUUGCAACUAUUGAGGAUCACCCCUCGCUAAUUCGAAACCAGACGUGUCUUAACUCAAAGACAAAAUCUCCUAACUCGUGUCGCGCUAGUCCUUGCUUUACCGGAUUUCUGAUCGAUUUAAUUUGCAAAAUUGAUCACGAAAUCAAAAAUUUGGACAACUGCACAAUCACCGUGAUAAAAUUGGCGAAUAAAAGUUCAUCUGUCCGAACAGCAAGAAUUCUGAAGCUUCUUAAACAAAACAAAACCGACUUGAUCCUCACACCCUUUAAUUUCCUUCGGAACCCAAACCCGUACAAAAAAGUUAUGCUCGAUUCAGCCCCAUUUGUUUGGAAUGCAGAAAAGUCGGUCUAUCUAUCUCUAGGGUUUCCGCUAUUCGCAUCCGAUGCUAAGUGGCAGAUGGACCUCACAAUAAAUUCACUUCUUGAAAAGAAAUAUAUUGAUGAACUCUUAACAAAAUGGUUUCAUAAGGGGACCUCGACCUUAGCCAAGGAGAAACAUGUGACACCUGAAUAACUCAGGGAAACAUGUAAUUUAAUAAAAUUCUUAUAAUUUUUAUUUCCAAAAUUUCAGAAAUCAUUAAUAAGAAAAAUAAAAUCUUCAGGCAUAUGAGAA